UAACCGUUAGCAUAACAACCAUACUGUCUGGAGCAGGUGUCCAGACACUGAUACCCCUUUGCAAUUGAUAUCCGAUACAUCUACAUCUACAACAUGAAAUCAUUCACGAUGAAGUCGGUUCUUGCAGCCUCCGCCCUUCUCAUUGCAGCAGUGAACGCACAGACACAAGUCGACAAGGGAUGCUAUGAUGAUUCGACACCGUUGAAGGAUCAGGGCUCUUAUACGUACCAAAGUAACGGAUAUUGUCAGAAGCUCUGCUUGAAGGAUAAUUAUGCUGUUUUUGCCUUAGCAAAGGGCACAAACUGUCUUUGCGGUAACCAAUUACCGGCAACGUCGGCUAAGACGGAUGAUAGCAGCUGCAAUGUCAAAUGUGCUGGAUGGCCUGAUGUGAUGUGUGGUGGUAACAAUGCCUUUUCCGUGUAUCUCACGGGUAUCGAAGAGAACGUGGAUAGCUACUCAUCCUCAUCCUCCUCCUCCUCGAGCUCCUCCUCUAGCACCGAGAGUGGAACCUCGACUACCACCAAUGGAGGGACUGUUGUUACUACUUCUGGUGGACAAACAGUGUUCAAGACGUCGGAUAGCGAAAUGACGACGCAGGGUGCCGAGCAAAAGAAGGAGAAAAAUUCUGGGUCGAAUACUGCUGCUAUCGCCGCUGGCGUCGUCGUGGGAGUUGUUGGUUUCUGUGCUUUGGUGGGAGCCAUCUUCUUUCUAUGGCGGUUUAGGAACCGUUCCAACAUGCCCGAACAGUAUCGGAACAACAAUAUCGACAACUUUGGCGCCAAGCCCAUGUCCCAAAGCUCCAUGUCUGAUUCUAGGUUUGACGGUGACUUCAUGGCACAGCGGCGCCAAAGCAAUGGCAGCAUCGAUGAUGAUCAAGACUUCUCCCGUCGAAUUUUGCAGGUGACCAAUCCCGAUCGCCGCUAUUAAAUUCAAGAACUCUGAACCUCCCAAGUGGACCAUGCCCCUAGUGAAUUUAUUGAAAACAGCCUGGGCCACUAGUGCGACUUGUUCCUGAUAUACAUAAAUUAGUUUGCGAUUUAACGCUCGACUUUC